AUGCCGUACGGAGCCCAGAAAUCCGGCAGCUCAUACUCCGGCGCCGGCCAGUCCAGCGUCGGCCAGCCCUCCAUCUACGAGGCCGGCGACCAGCGCAACGAGCCCCAGUCCGUCAUCAACGAGCGCGAGCGCUACAACGAGGGCCAGCGCGGGAGCCACAAGAACCUGGACUCGAAGGAUGAGCGCAGCAUUGCCAACAAGCUCGCAGCGCAGGAGAAGCACUCGGGCGUGAGCUCGAAUUACCAGCCUGAGGCGGCGCUGAGCAAGAGGGAUCCCACGGCUCCGGCUACCCGACACGGCCAUGAACCCUCAAAGGGAGCCAAGAUCGAUAAGGAGCUGCAGGAGGAGGAUGAUCAGCGGUUGCGGGAGAAGGGGAUCAAGAAAUAG